ACUGGGAUAUGGGAGCCUGACCCAACAGGUACCAAGAGCUGCCUUGGAACAAAGGAAGAAGUUCUUCAGUACUGCCAGGAGAUCUAUCCAGAGCUGCAGAUCACAAAUGUGAUGUAAGCAAAUCAGCCAGUCAGUAUUGAUGACUGGUGCUGAAGGGACAAAAAAACAGUGCAAGAGUCACAUCAUCAUUCCAUUCAAGUGUCUUGUGGGUGAGUUCAUUAGUGAUGUUCUGCUGGUUUCAGAAAACUGCCAGUUUUUCCACCGAGAGCGGAUGGAGGUGUGUGAGAAGCACCAGCGUUGGCACACCAUAGUCAAGGAGGCAUGUCUGACUGAGGGGAUGACCUUUUAUAGCUACGGCAUGCUGCUGCCUUGUGGGGUAGACCAGUUCCACGGUACCGAGUAUGUGUGCUGCCCUCAGACAAAGAUUGUUGACUCUGACUCUACUAUGUCCAAAGAGGAGGAGGAAGAGGAGGAGGAGGAGGAUGAAGAGGAAGACUAUGAUCUUGAUAAAAGUGAACUUCCUACUGAAGAAGAUUUGGAAGACUUCACAGAAGCAGCUGCAGAUGAAGAGGAUGAGGAUGAGGAGGAAGGGGAAGUGGUGGAAGACCGUGAUUACUACUAUGACUCUAAAGGAGAUGACUACAAUGAAAAGAACCCAACUGAACCCAGCAGCGAUGGCACUAUUUCAGACAAAGACAUUGCUCACGAUGUGAAAGUUCCCCCAACUCCCCUGCCAACCAAUGAUGUUGAUGUGUAUUUUGAGACCUCAGCAGAUGAUAACGAGCACGCCCACUUCCAGAAGGCUAAGGAAUAACUGGAAAUUCGGCAUUGCAAUCGAAUGGAUAGGGUAAAGAAGGAAUGGGAAGAGGCAGAGCUUCAAGCCAAGAACCUCCCCAAAGCAGAGAGACAGACCCUCAUUCAGCACUUCCAAGCUAUGGUUAAAGCUUUAGAGAAGGAAGCAGCCAGCGAGAAGCAGCAGCUUGUGGUAACUCGCUUGGCCCGAGUGGAAGCCAUGCUGAAUGACCGCCAGCAGAUAGCUCUGGAGAAUUACCUGGCUGCCCUGCAGUCUGACUCACCUCGGCCACAUCGUAUUCUGCAAGCUCUGCGUCGUUACGUCCGUGCUGAAAAUAAAGAUCGCCUACAUACCAUUCGUCAUUACCAGCACGUGUUGGCUGUUGACCCAGCAAAGGCUGCCCAGAUGAAAUCCCAGGUGAUGACACACCUCCGUGUAAUUGAAGAAAGAAGGAACCAAAGCCUUUCUCUAUUGUACAAAGUUCCUUAUGUGGCUCAAGAAAUCCAGGAGGAAAUCGAUGAGCUCCUUCAGGAACAGCAAGCAGAUAUGGACCAGUUCACCUGCUCCAUCUCAGAGAGCCCUGUGGAUGUCUGGGUGAGCUCUAAGGAGAGUGAGGAGAUCCCACCGUUCCACCCUUUCCACUCCUUCCUAUCUCUGUCUGAGAAUGAAGGAUCUGGAAUGGCAGAGCAAGACGAGCAUGCUCACUAUGAAACGACUGUGUGUCAAAAGAGAUGCAGUGUGAAGCGGCAAUGUGAGGAGUGA